AAAGAACAUCUACUAGUUUCGAUUUUCUCAUGCAUCAUCCUUCUCUAUAUCCUCUCCUCAUAAUAACACCGCCGUCUCUCUUCCUAAGUCUCUCCCGGCCCACGCAAAGCCUCUCGCAUGGAAAACCGAUUCAAGCUGCGAAUCUCUCGCUUGUUCCGAGCCUCAAUCGGCUCUUGCCGGUCUCGAAACCACUCCGACGUUGUCGAAAAAGCCGUCUUUGUCCCACAAAACCACCAAAAGUUCCACAUGAUCGAGCCCGCCUUGUCCCCAAAGCAUCGAGCCUUUCGCUCCAUUUGCAGACCCAAACCUUCCCAAACCCCAGAAAUCAUUCACAACAGCUGCAUAAUACCUGCCAGAGAGUUACUCUCCAGAAGGAAAGUCUCUGAGCCAUUUUCGCCUUUCGCAUCGGCCAACCCCGCCGGACGAACUUGCCGGCCUCCUGCGUCUCCAAUCUCUCCCUUGAAUCCGUUCUUCCAGUUCGGAGAUUUAAAGUUUAAGCAGAAUAAGAAAGGCUUAGAUAGAAGCAAGAAUAAGAAGAAAAAGAAGACGACCCAGAUGAAGAACAAGCAUGCAGAAGCCUUUCCCUUUAGCUCUUUUUCGCAGGAGGAUAUGAGUUUUGGUGGGUGGUGGUAUAGCAGCGAAGAAGACGAAGAUGAAAGAGAGGACGAGACCGACACUCUUUUCUCUUCCAAGAGCCUCUCUUCCGAUUCAUCCGAGUCUCAGCAACGUCGUUCUCGUCGGAAACGGUACGGGGCUCCGCGGACUGCUCGGAGUUAUGCUGGGCUGGGCCUAAUGCCAAUGCAGGGGAAAGUGAAGGAUAGCUUUGCUGUGGUGAAGAGGUCCAGCGAUCCGUACAACGAUUUCAGGACGUCAAUGGUGGAAAUGAUCGUUGAGAAGCAGAUGUUUGCGGCCAAAGAUUUGGAGCAACUCUUGCAGUGUUUCCUGUCUCUGAAUUCGUACCAUCAUCAUAAGAUCAUUGUGGAGGCGUUCACCGAGAUAUGCGAGGCUCUGUUUUGUAAUUGGUCUUGAAGAAAACCGUCUUUGUUUUCUGCGAAUGCUUAGUCUUUCUAGGAAAAAUGUUAGCCAGAAAACUAACUUCAUUAAUGGAUAUCCUCCAUUUUCUCCAA